UCAAAUGUUUUUACACAGUUUUCAGUGAACGGAGCUUGUUGUCUGUACUACAAUACGUUCGUUGUACGAUAGAGAAUUUGUAAACGCCGAUAAACGACGUCGUUUGGGAGAAGUUCUUGCGCGACCUUCUCGUUCAGUAAGUCUUGACCGACAGCCCUCCACUCCCAUUGACGCUCCGAGAUGGCAGAGGCCGAGGUGGAAUGGGAGCUCUGCAAGGAGAAUAUCCAGCCCCUGAGACGAGGCAGGGACAUCUCCGCCCUCACGGAGGCCCUGAGCAUGAAGCAGGAGGGGAGCUCCACCAUCGCACAACGCCAACAGGCAUUUGAAUCUGAGCUGCGGAUGUAUGACGGAGAUGAUCCACUGGAUGUCUGGGACAGGUAUAUAAAGUGGACAGAACAGACAUUUCCUCAAGGAGGGAAGGAGAGCAAGUACUCUGUGCUUCUGGAGGAAGCAGUGAUGAAGUUUACAGAGGAGAAGAAAUACUACAAUGACGUCCGCUAUGUUGACCUUUGGGUCAAGUUUGCGAAUACGUGUCCAGAGCCUCUGGGUAUAUACCGUUACAUGUAUGCCCAAGGGAUUGGGCUGAUGCUGUCGGUCUUCUACAUCGCCUGGUCUGAAGAGUACGAGAAGAGGGGCAACUUCCGUAGGGCUGACAGCACAUUUCAGGAUGGGCUGAAAGUUGGUGCAGAACCACGUGACCGACUGAAACAAUUCCACAAGGCACUGCAGGCCCGCGUGACCCGUCAUGUGUUGUCAGGAGCGGGUCAAGAGGAGAGUGACGGUGACGACGCGGAGGCUGAGGACCCGAACAGGAAGACCCUGAUGGAGCUGAAGGCCAUCGGGGAGGGUAGAAAGGCAGUGGCACCCAUCAGCCGAGGAGGCACUCUCACUCACAACCAGCCUCGUGGUCUGCAGGUGAAGGGUCCCAUGGCUCCGGUGCGGAACACUCGUCUGAUGGUGUUUGAUGAGAAUAAGGGCGUGGCCGAGCCCCAGGACCCCCGGAUGGAGAGCUGGAUGGCCCCGCCCAGCGCCCGACCCAAGGAGAACGAGCAGAAGCCAGACAAGUGGACUAAAGCCAAGUUGCCCAAGACAACCCGCGCUGGUCUCCCAGUGGUGGUUCCUGCUCCGGCUAAGCCCACGUUCCAGCCCUUUGUGGAGGAGUGCGACCAGACCCCAGCUGUCACGCCGUGUAAGAUCAACCCGUCGGUGAACUGUGUGCUGUCUGCACGUAAGCCCCACCGUGAGGAGACGCCCCUGAAGAGGCUGCAGGACAGACAGGCACAGCAGGCCCAGCAGCAGGCCGGCGCCGAGGCCACAGGCACCGACGGAAAGCCGCGCGAGCAAUUCAUGUACUGUAAAGAACUCUUGUUCAACGGAGCCACAGAGUUUUGCUUUGAGGAGCUGCGCGCCGAGCGUUAUUACCAGAAGAUGGCAAAGAGAUCGGCUGCGACUGAAGCCAACUCGAGCCGGGAUGGUGAGGGGGCAUCAGCUUGGAGUGCAGGAGCUUGCGCUGACUUACCAUGUGGCGAUGUCAGCUGAACUCUACCGUUAGGAUUUGAGGAAUGUGUCUGUGUGUGUCUGUCUGUCUGUCUGUGCGUUCAAAUAUGCGACCUUGUGUCCUCCACUUGUGCCUGUGGCCUCGUACCAGGAAGUAAUAUGCCAUGAUCACAUCACUGACAACAGCAUUAUAUUUCAAUAUCUCGCAAAAGCUCAAUUGUAAAGUCAUUUUCUGAUUUGCAAACUGGACGGUGAAUGAAGAAAUGUCCCCUAAAAAUUGUUUUGGCUAGGCUAACAGCGGGGAAACUUUAUUGUUUUCUCCACGGAGGCGGGGCCAGAAGGCGGGGCAAGGCCACAAACACAAGUGAAGGACGCAAGGCAGCAUAUUGGAAUGCACCCUCUGUGUGUGCGUGCAGGGCUCUAAAUUCACUUUUCCCUCACCAGCCAAAAUGGCUAGUAGAUUUUGGUCUUACUACCCAAACACACACUCACUAAUGGGUCAAAGUGGCUACUAAGUUGGUCUUUCCUACCAGCCAAACACAAAUUUCACCAACAUUUGGCCGGUUGGCUGGUAUUAAUUUCAAGCCCUGGUGUGCGCGCUACCCUUCCUCAGUAUAUGCCGUAGUUUUGUAUGUGACUUUUUUUUUAUGUAUUUGAUUUGUGUUCUGGAUUUCUAAAAACAUGCUUUGUAAACAAACAAAAAACACUUGGCUAGUGAGGAAAUCCCUUUGCUAGUGGGUAUUCACACCAUACAUGUUUGUUAAUUCAACACCUAGAGUUUAACUUGACACUCUUCAGUUGGUCCUACUCUACGUGUUGAAUUUAACAAUGCAACGUAUACUGUUCUAUCAAGAUUGAAAGACUAUUUUGUACAUUUUUGUAAAUUCUGUUUUUUUGUAACUGUGUCAUGAGUUUGUAAAGCAUUCUCUAAGGAAAAAAAGUCUGACACUGUGUGAAUAGCAAUACAGGUACUAGUGUCUGGCAAUUCCAGCGUUAUGGAUAUGACAUCUGUACUCCAAAUGGCAAUAAAUGACCUGGUACAUUUUUA